AUGUCUAGGGAACCAUAUGAAGUUUUUUUUGAAGAAAUAAUGGAUGAUGAAACAUUUUAUAAGUCAGAGACUAAGAUUGAAAGAUUGAUGUUUAGACGACAAAUGCUUUUAAAGUUAAUUAAUCAGGUUAUUGAUAUUAGAGAUGAUUUACUUUAUUCAUGUCAUGGACAAAACAACAAGGAAUUGUCGGAGACAAUAAAUAGACUGAAAGAAGUGUUAAAAUUGGUAGGAGAUCUUAAGACAGAAAAAAAGUUCGACUCUUCAGAAUCUAUUCUUGUUUCAGGGAUUUAUCAUUUGUCUAUUCAGAUUGCUUAUCUGUCGGAUUUAUGUCGGAAUGUAUUUUCAGAGAUAUCUUUAGCGUCUCAAAGAUAUCAAUAUGAUUUAGUUUCAAAUAUUUCUAAAACAAAUAAACUUCCAUUAUCUACAAUUUCGAAUAGUUCUAGACCGAAGCAUAGUACUCACCAUCCUGAAAAUAGGACGAGAUUGUUAAAGGAUUGGUUUCUCGAACAUAUUUCUUAUCCAUAUCCUAAUAAAGAUGAAAAACGCUUACUUUGUCGUCUUACAGGAUUAAAAAUAAAUCAGCUUAAUAUGUGGUUCAUUAAUGCACGAAGAAGGUCUAAUGGGGGGUUGAAAUUUAAAGAGCAAGUUGUUUCGGAUAAUUUAGUACCAUUAGUAUUUGCUAAUUCUGAAUAA